GUAUCAUUGCUGAAGUUUCGGUGUUUGGCCUUGUUAGUCUUCGUUGGUGUGUAUUCGUUACUUCAGCAUUGUUUUUGAUAGCUAAUAGAGCCAUAGUUUUUAGUAUUUCGUUAUGUCGUUGUCAAUGUCGCUAUUGCUGUGGUUGA